AUGCAUGGUGCCACAGUCAGCGUUGGUCUUUCUUUUCAUCUCCUUCACUCUUCAUUUCUUCAUUACUUUGUUUAUUAUGCGUUUUUUCAUUCGCUCGACAACUCUCUCUCUCUCUCUCUCUCUCUCUAUCUAUCUAUCUAUCUAUCUAUCUAUCUCAGUCUGUUCAUAUCUAUAUAUCUAUCUAUCUAUCUAUCUAUCUAUCUCAGUCUGUUAACUAUCUAUCUAUCUAUCUAUCUAUCUAUCUCAGUCUGUUCAUAUCUAUCUAUCUAUCUAUCUAUCUCAGUCUGUUCACUAUCUAUCUAUCUAUCUAUCUAUCUCUCUAUCUAUCUCUUUCUGAUUCUCUCUUACUCUCUUUUUUUCUGGCCCCUUUUAUUUCUUUUGAUUCUUUAUUUCUACAAGUUUCAUUUCCGCUCUCUCUCUCUCUCUCUCUCCCCCUUUUCACUCCUUCUCCUCUCUCACUCUCUCAUUCUCUUGCUCUUCUCUAUCUUUCUCAUAUUCUGUCUCUCCCCCUCUUCCACUCAUUUCUCUCUCAUUUCUCUUCUCUUUCUUUUUCUUUCUCUAUCUCUUUCCCUAUUUCAAGCUUUCCCUCCCAUUGCUCUUCUUUUUCUUUCGCUUUCUCUCUCUCUCUCUCUCUCACUUUCAGUACUUCUCUCUUUCGCUAUCUUUCAUCAUCUUUUUUCUCUUUCUUUCUCUAUCAGUGCUCUUCUCUUUCUUCCUCAUUAUCUGUCUGUCCCCUUCUUCCAAACAUUCUCUCUUUCUAUCACAUUUCUCUUCUAUUUCUUUCUCUAUCUCCUUCUCCUUCUUUCAGUACUUCUCUCUUUCUCUAUCUUUACUCUUCUUCUUCUUUCUCCAUCUCAUUCGAUUUCUUUCCCAUUCUUUCUUUCUCAGUGCUCUUCUUUUUAA